AUGCCGUUAAAAAAUUUUAUUGGAAAAUUGGAACCAAUUUUGGACAAGGAGUGCGCGUGGCUAGGGGCCGGGGUGGCGAGCGACGGAAUGUCGGAUACGAUUCGCAUAUCGCGUAUAGUGUGCGACUUUAUAGUUCUUCUUUGUUGCGCUAUACCUUUACUAAUUUUCCACGAAUGGGUGAAACCAUACAAACGAGGGUUUUACUGCGACGACGAGACUAUCCGCUAUCCGUACCGUGACUCAACCGUUACACGGCAAAUGCUGAUCGUAAUCGGUCUUUUGAUACCUACAGCUCUGAUACUUGCCACAGAAAUAUUCCGGACUAUGGCAUGGGAGAGGAAAUGUGCGGACCAAUUCAAAACGUAUCAUUUGAAGCAGUACCAUGUACAUCGACUCAUUGUACGACUGUAUUGUUUUAUCGGAUACUUUUUCCUCGGUGUCUGCUUUAACCAACUUAUGGUUGAUAUUGCGAAGUACACUAUAGGUCGUCAGCGACCUCAUUUCAUGGAUGUCUGCCGCCCUAAUGUUGGUUACGAAAAGUGUGAGAAUCCCGAUCUUUACAUUACGAAUUUCACGUGCACUGGGCCUAAUCAGUACUUGAUCCAUGAAUCGCAGCUUUCUUUCUAUUCUGGACACGCAGCUUUCAGUUUUUAUGGUGCCUGGUUCACGUCGCUUUAUCUGCAAGCCCGUCUAUACCGCCCGCUGUUUUCUCGACUUCUCCUGCCAGUCAUCCAGUUCGCUUUGUUUGGAGGAGCUUCAUACGUGGCUCUCACUCGGGUGUCGAACUACAAACAUCACUGGUCAGAUGUUCUUGUUGGAGCGCUUAUUGGAAGUAUUAUCGGAAUAUUCGUGGCACUCUAUGUGGCUGAAGUAUUCAAACGUCGUGAAAUUCCAGCUUGUAUUCCAUCGAAUGAAUUUGGCCUAAUCAGGAUGGAAAAACGCACAGACGUGAAUCCAGCCGUAACCACUGCAACACAUUCAAUAACUGUAACAAAUGAACAAGACCCAGCAUCAAAUCAGCGACUGCUUCCCGCUUUGAGAUCAGACGGUAAUAUCCAAAUGGUUGGACUCUACCAUGCGACACCAGUGACGGCACAAUGGAUCCUCUUCGUCGAAGUCGAGAUGAUGGCGGGUGGUCCAUCGUCGAAAUACAACUGCAAUGACGACAUGUUCAGUUCACAACUGCAUCCACCGACUCACCUUACACUUGCAAAUGUUUCUCCCACAUUCACGCUUACCUUCUGA